AUGGACGCGUUACCCGAGGGAGAAACUAGCUUCUUCGGCGCUCUAGGGACCGCGAUCUACGAGCAGAUGCAAAUGGCUGAAGAAAAGGGCCUAUCUUGGGACAGAUAUGGACGCAUAGCUGCCUACUGCUGCUCCCUGUAUGCUUUAAUAUGUUUUAUGACCGCACUUACGCUUAAUAGAAUCUUGGUAUUGGCAGCUCCGAGUCAGAGACGGAGACACGGGCCAUCUUUACAUCAGUUAGAUGGUUCUUUGCAUGAUUGGAGCCAGCAAGUACGGCGAUGGUUUUCGAUAUUUCUUCGUUGUACUGCGAUUGCCGUCUUGGGGUUUAACCUCUAUCGGGUUCUUGUGGCAUUAAAUGUCCAGCGGCAGAUUGGGACUCCUGAAGGGAAAUCAUGGUGGUUUUUGCGUCUUAUUCUGGAUCGCUUUUUCGCAUAUGAUCCCCAGUUUUACGCCAAAAGUCAGUUUAUGGCUACACCUAGCACCAAAGUGAUGGUGGGGCCAUCAAGCGAGAUCUACUGGCCCAUUUUUUUGGGUGUGUGCUACCUGCUACUCGUUGAAACAUUUGUGAGCGUUUCUAAUGGUAAUAAACCAUAUAGUGAGAGUCUCAUCACAUUAUUCGAGCUCUCAGUUGCAUUCCACAGCGAUGAUUCCGGUUAUGGAGUAUUUGGUAUGCGUCGCCCAGUCCCCACCACAGAACAACUGCUCAUGCUCUCAUUUUUCCUGAUCCUCAGCUACCUUAAUAUCCACAUUGGAGCUCUUGUUAAUAACAAUCGCACUAGACUCAUCCCACUGUCCAUCAUAUCAUUGUCCUUUUUAGCAUACCUCGUUGCUCGUGUUCCAUUUUUCAGCAUCCUCUGGUUGUCGUUCAUUCCCCAGGUCAUAAUCGUGGGUGUGUUGCUUAUAUCCAUAACCAUCUUUCUCGUCGCCGUCAUUGGUACUGGUUUCCAAUGGCGCAACUUGGAUUACACUACGUUCUUAUUCCCUGAAGACUCGGAAAAUUCGGCAACACGGGGACUUGCAGGACUCACUCUCGAGGACGAUUUCACCACUGGCAUUCUCAAGCUUGGUGAGCUCGCUUUGAUCCUGGCUGGAAAGCUCAGCUAUGUGAGUGAAAUUGGUGGUGUUCCAGCUAGCAAGGAAACUUGGAUUGAAAAAUCACUCUGGGAAAAGUUUGGGGACCAUGUAAAUGCAUUAAAGAGUAGGAGUUCUUCAGACAUCAUUCAUCUACUUGAACAUGCUACGCAACAUGGGUAUGGUAAUAUGAUCGAAAAUCCUUCUUCGACAUGGAUGUAUGAUGAAGGAGUAACGAUCCGUGAGCAAGUUCCUCGCAAUAUGAAAGAUGUUUCUUCACUAAGAAAAAAGUACUCUGGAAUGAAACAGUUGGUUGGAAACUUAAUGGAGCUCGUCUAUGGCUUGGUAGUUGACAAGCUGAUGCAGCCAGUGUUUCGGAAAGUUUUGGGAAGAGAUUACAAUGAACCAAAGUUGCCUCGUUACUUGCAAGGGGCAGUGAACCCUGAAAUUGGUUCUGAUGAAGAGGGCACCUCAGAUGAAGAAAAUAUCGUUGACACGAAUGCGUACUCGGCAGAUGAAUUAUUGGAAUUUAUUGACCAACCUUGGACAGAUAACGACAAAUCUGGUGACUAUCUUGGUAUUGAAUCGGAAUUGGAGAGCGACUUUGAAUCCGAUGACCCCGGAGAUGUUGGUGAGAUAGUCGAUACGCAAUUCUUGACUGAUUUGACCCAGCCAGACUUUGCCAACAUCUUUCGCUACAGAUUGGAAUACGAUGGAAUUUUGACUCGUUCACGAUUCAAUAAGCAAACCAUGCAAAAAGACGACGGAAGUAAGCUUAUUGAAUUAUUAAUGGAAAGAAAGAUUGAGAGAGACAAGAGGCUGAAGAAAGCCACUAACGGAGACGACGACCUCGACGAUGAUAUUCCGUACCCUUGCGUUGUAUGCCAAAUCAACCCUCGUGAAUUCAUCAGCUGGCCAUGUCGGUGCUUUUCCGUAUGUGGAUCAUGUCGGAUUAACCUUGCUACAAAGGGUAUGGAUGGAUGUGUAUGCUGCCGCAGACAUGUUGACGGAGUUACCAAGGUCUACAUACCUUGA